UGCUCUUCUUGUUUCUAAACGAAGGGGGCUUUUGCGUUUUGCCAAAUCUUGUCGAUUUGUAUUCUACUGGGAACGUGAAUCCGUUAGUAUUAGAAGGACAACGAUGGCGGAGCAGCCGCAGCUGCAGAACCAACAAGUGGAGGCAGAGUUGCUGCAAUCAUCGCAGGCUCCGAAGGAAGGCAUGAUAGCGUACGUUAUGGCAUUGGAGGCUGCCUUGCUUCCUUGCUUACCUGCAAGAGAGCUCCAAGCAAUAGAUCGCUCGCCACAUCCUUCUCAUCAGAUUGACGUUGAGAGACAUGCCGGAGACUUUAUGGAGGCUGCCAAGAAGCUUCAACUGUAUUUUGUUGGUCUGCAACGAGAGGAUCAGUCAACCAAGACUGAAACUCUGAGAAAGGACAUUGCAAUGAUGGAAGAAGAAGUGAAGGUGAAGAAUGAGCUAAUCAAGAAGCAAGAGAGACUAAUCCAUGGUUGGAGGAAGGAGUUGAAAGAUCAAUUGGAUAGACACAACAAUGAGCUGGAGAGGGUGUAGAAUAUGUGCAGGCCAGCUGCACGAUUUUGAUUCCACAAAUGAUAAAGCUUUAAUAUGAAGGAUCACUGUAGCGAGGGAGAUCUGUCUGUGAAUGGCUGGACAAUGAGCUUUAAUCUGUCAACAUUGACAAAUGGGUUUUAAAUUUUAAUGCCUUAAAAUCCUAUUUCAGCACAUUCAAGGGGUUUUUGUUUUGUUCGGGUUUUUUUAUACCUUUUUCCCUUUGGGCCGGGCCAGAAGGAACGAAUGGUAACGAGAGGGCCCAAUAUAUAAUUUUUGGUAUGUAUUCCUACUUGGGCCAUUCGGCCCAGUAUAAUUUUCUGGAAUUUACCAUAUUUGCCCU